GAAAAUGAAGGCAGCGUCAUCUGUAAGUUGUGCAGCAAAUACGUGGACAAAUGGCACCUGCAGACUGACAAGCACCAGCGAUCUUUGUCCUAUUUUAUAAACAAUCUGACUCAGGAGGCAAAGAUACAGCAGAUGCAGGAGUGGAGUACGAACUACAGAAGAAAAUACCCCAAAGCGCGUAUUGCAGAGCCAUCCGAUGGCAAUGAAGCUCUGACGAGUGUCCUUGGUCCGAUGGAAAAAGAGCCCACACCAGUAGACUUAUCCGUGUACAUCCCCCAGCCGCGAACCCUGUUGGAAGUUGCGCCAAUUCCUGCCACGUCGACGCGUGCGCCAUCAGAGCCCGAAGUGAUUCAUGCGUCUAAGGACUCCGCAGGAGUGCACUUAGCCAAAAAGGACAUUCGCAGCUUUCUCAACGGCAUGCUAACGAGAGGUGACCCUGGGAGAUGCGCACUUCUGGAGAAGAACUCUAGCGUCGAGCAGUGGCUGCAAUUGGUUCCGAGCUUGGCUCGACGUGGACACACUGCGGAGGAAGUCCGCGAGGCCUUGUCGGCGUGUAGUGUAGAGGAGAUAGAGGAUCAAAAUGGGCACAAGUCAUCUCCUGACUUCUCGGCACAACGUGGCGCAACUCCUCCCUUGUUCUACGGCCCGGCUUCCUCCUCAAGCAGUCGGCAGCAUGACCUUCUCGAG